AUGUGUAUUGAUUAUCGGCAAUUAAACAAGGUAACGAUCAAGAAUAAGUAUCCACUGCCGAGGAUUGAUGAUUUGUUCGACCAGCUUCAGGGUGCCAAGGUAUUUUCCAAGAUUGACAUGCGAUCUGGUUACCAUCAGUUGAGGAUUAGGGCAUCCGAUGUCCCUAAGACAGCUUUCCGCACUCGGUAUGGGCAUUAUGAGUUCUUGUUUAUGUCAUUUGGGUUGACAAAUGCCCCAGAAGCUUUCAUGGACUUGAUGAACCGAGUGUUCAGGCCUUAUUUGGAUUCAUUUGUGAUAGUGUUCAUUGAUGAUAUAUUGAUAUACUCCCGCAACUAG